GUGAAAGUUGUUGCUGUUGAUGCAGAGAUGAAUAUCUUCUAUGAGGACAGUGUGAAUUUUGACAGAGAUCUUCCAGAAUUUGGGACUCAGGGUGGGGUGCAUGUGCACAAGGACAGGCUGACAGUCACCUCCCCGGUCCUGAUGUGGGUCCAGGCUCUGGACAUCAUCCUGGAGAAGAUGAAGGCUUCGGGUUUUGACUUCUCUCAAGUCCUAGCCCUGUCCGGGGCAGGCCAGCAACAUGGGAGUGUAUACUGGAAGGCCGGGGCCAGCCUGGUGCUGAGGAGCCUGUCACCAGAACGCCCGCUGUGUCAGCAGCUGCAGGCCUGUUUCACCCUUGGUGACUGCCCAGUGUGGAUGGACUCCAGCACCACAGCCCAGUGCCGCCAGCUGGAGGCCGCUGUUGGGGGAGCCCAGGUGCUCAGCUGCCUCACGGGGUCCCGUGCCUAUGAGCGUUUUACAGGGAACCAAAUUGCAAAGAUUUACCAGCAGAACCCUGAGGCCUACUUCCACACAGAGAGAAUUUCUUUGGUCAGCAGCUUUGCCACCUCCCUCUUCCUCGGCUCUUACUCCCCGAUUGACUACAGUGAUGGUUCUGGAAUGAAUUUGUUGCAGAUCCAGGAGAAAGUCUGGUCCCAGACUUGCCUCAGUGCCUGUGCUCCUCAUUUAGAGGAGAAGCUUGGCCCCCCAGUGCCAUCUUGCUCAGUGGUGGGAGCCAUUUCUUCCUACUACAUCCAACGCUAUGGAUUUACCCCUGGAUGCCGAGUGGUGGCCUUCACUGGGGACAACCCGGCGUCGCUGGCAGGCAUGAAGCUGGAGGAAGGUGACAUUGCGGUCAGCCUGGGCACCAGCGAUACUCUGUUUCUCUGGCUUCAGGAGCCCUCGCCUGCCCUAGAAGGCCACGUCUUCUGCAACCCAGUUGAACCGCAGCACUACAUGGCACUCUUGUGCUUUAAAAAUGGCUCCCUCAUGAGAGAGAAGAUCCGUGAUGAGUCUGCUUCCCAUUCCUGGAGCGAGUUCUCUAAGGCACUGCGGUCCACGGAGAUGGGGAAUGGCGGCAACCUGGGUUUUUAUUUUGAUGUAAUGGAGAUCACCCCUGAAACCAUUGGAUGUCACAGAUUUAAUGCAGAAGACCAUGAGGUCCCAGCAUUCCCUGGGGAUGUUGAGAUUCGAGCCUUGAUUGAAGGACAAUUCAUGGCCAAGAGGAUUCAUGCAGAAGGCCUGGGCUAUAGAGUCAUGUCCAAGACAAAGAUUUUGGCCACUGGAGGAGCAUCUCACAAUGCAGACAUCUUACAGGUGCUUGCAGAUGUGUUCGGUGCCCCUGUGUAUGUCAUGGACACUGCCAGCUCUGCCUGCGUGGGCUCUGCGUAUCGAGCUUUUCAUGGCCUUGCAGGUGGAACAGAUGUGGCCUUUUCAGAGGUUGUGAAGUCAGCCCCCAAACCCAGACUGGCUGCCACACCAACCCCUGGAGCUUCUCAGGUCUAUGAGGCCCUCCUCCCCCGGUAUGCCAGACUGGAGCAGAAAAUCUUGUCCCAGACCCAAGGCCCUCUGGAAUGAAUUCUGCAGGCCCGAGCACCACUACCUGCCCAGACUCACUGAUCCCCCGUGGAGAUGCGGCUCUGAGCAGCAUGCACGCUCUUCCCUGUCCUGAGCACCUAUGCCUGCCCAUGCGGACUCCUCAGUGUGCUCCCGCCCUGUCCAGGGCCAUCCUGAAUCCAGCCUCAGCACAUCUCCCUGAAGACACCUGGGCUGCCUUUGCCCAGGGGCAGGAAAACAUCUCUUCUUCCUUAUCUAUUAUCCCACAAGGUAGAAUAAUACAGUGUCCACUAAAAAUUGUGACUUUUCCCAUUUCAAGGCAGAAUGAAAGCUGAUCUCAGGAGCAGAAUGAGCAGAAUGGGGGAGACAGUGCCCUCCCCGAGCCCCUGGCGGCUCCAAGGCCUGAACCAUAGCCACUUCCUUCACACCUUACCUUGACCCUGCUGUCCAUCCUCUCUCACAACCCAGCCCCUGCGGCCCCUUCUCUUCCACGCCUUGGCCCUCCAGUUUCUCCCCUCCUCAUCUCCCUGUAUGAAACGCUCCCCAGUCCCCUCCUGUCUGCCAUGCCCCCUCCAUGCUCUCAGCCUUCUCUCUUUGGAGCAGCUUUCCUCCUUCCCUUCUUGGUCGCUGUCCCCUCCCCACAGCCGCCUGCUGUAACUCACCACGCCCCACCAUGUUCCCUUGCCCACCCUCGGCUCUGCCCACAAACAGCCUGUGCCAUCCCCAGGUGGCACCAUUUAGGGCUUCCCUUGCCCUCUCUUUCUGGUUCAUUUGUAGAUGAAAUUGUGUCAUUCCUCUGGAAGAAUUUUCUAAAUUCUAGGUUUCUUUUUUAUCUUGGAGUCCUUUUAUCAGCUGAAAAGUCGUGAUUCUCAGUUCCGCUGUCUUCAUGUGAUUGUGUAGAUGGUGACGGGUUCUUCCUUCCUCCCUCUUAUUACCUUUCUGUUCCCUGCUCACGUUUUUGCAACAGUUUGCAUAGACUGUCUCCAGCAGAAUCCUCCAGAUGUUGCUUCUGCCUCAGGCCCUUACUGAACUUGAGAGUCCAAUUAAAGCAAACAAUUUUAGUCUCA